GCCAUGCCCCGCGCCUUCCUGGUGAAGCGCCGGAGCCCGCAGCCGGCCGUGCGCAGCUGGGAUGCGCUGCCCGACGAGGAGCGAGCCGACACCUACAUCCCAGGCGGCCUGGGCUGCGCGCUCCUCGCCCUCGAAGACAGCUGCAGCCUGGGGAGCAGCGGCAGCAGCGGCCCCAGGGAAGCGGAGCCCGGCGGCCCCCAGCCCGCCGCCAGCCCGGCCACCGCCGCCGGCGGGAUGCUGCUGGACCUGGCCGCCGAGCGCCCCGCCGGCAGGGCCAAGAUCAAGUUCACCACGGGCACCUGCAGCGACGCCGCAACGCAUAGCUGUGAGCUGUGCGGCAAAGGCUUUCGUCUGCAGCGCAUGCUCAACCGGCACAUCAAGUGUCACAGCCAGGUGAAGAGACACUUGUGCACCUUCUGCGGUAAAGGCUUCAACGACACCUUUGAUCUGAAGAGGCAUGUCCGGACCCAUACGGGAAUUCGUCCUUACAAAUGUGAGGUUUGCAACAAAGCGUUUACCCAGCGGUGCUCUCUGGAGUCCCAUCUCAAGAAGAUCCACGGCGUGCAGCAACAAUAUGCCUACAAACAGAGGCGAGAUAAACUUUAUGUGUGUGAAGAUUGCGGCUACACGGGCCCUACACAAGAGGACCUGUACCUGCACGUUAGUAACGUUCACCCCGGAAGUGCUUUCCUGAAAAAAACCUCAAAAAAACUUGCGGCAGUUUUGCAAACCAAACUGAGCCCUGUCCUGCAGAGGAACUCCAAAGAAGAUGACAAAGAUGAGUAA